UGUCGUGCGAGGCGAAUGUGCUGUGGUUUUCCGCUCGCGGAUGAAAUGUUUACGCGAUCAUCGAAGUUACUUGUGACAUGAAAAACUUUGACAACUGUCCAACAUAUACUUUGUGUUUAUUUCAGUGAUUUUUUUUAUUCGAGAUGGAUAAUAAAACACCAUCUAAUACGUCUCCGCCGCGGGCGCAAGUCAAGAAAGAAAACGAAGAAGAGAUCAAGGAGUUUGCGGAGACGGCAAUGAACGAGCUGCUGGGUUGGUACGGCUAUGAGAGACUGGAGCUGAGACGUUGGGCAGCCUCGCGCGCCCGCGACACUAACAGCCCCGAACAGGCCGCGGAACAGAAGAAUAAAGACGAGUGUUCGUGGUGCAACAAGAGCAUCGGCAGCGAGAGCGGCGCGCUGCAGCAGGCGGGCGCCGCGUUCUGCUCCGAGCUGUGCUUCAGCCAGUCCCGGCGUGCCAACUUCAAGCGCGCUAAGACCUGCGACUGGUGUCGACAUGUGCGGCACACCGUGGCUUACGUUGACUUCCAGGACGGUGCAACACAACUGCAGUUUUGCUCAGACAAAUGUCUGAAUCAAUACAAGAUGCACAUCUUCUGUCGCGAGACGCAGGCGCACCUCGACCUCAAUCCGCACCUCGUGAGCGCCGCCUCCUCCACCAACCUCAUCACGCCGGAGCUCUGGCUCAAGAAUUGCAAGAGCAGGUCCGCGUCGCCCACAUCCGAGAGAUCCACCUCUCCGAACAUUGAAAACUUAACUGUCAAAUCCACAAUCGAAAAAACAGAUCACAACUCUGCGAGGAAAUCUCCCCUGCCAAUAAUAACGGUCGCCCCGGCGGCGAAACUGAUGAAUCCAAAGACUACUGAAGAUAAAACACAAAAAUCACCAGACUUGAAAAAAGACAGAACUAAAAUGAACACACGCAAACGUCGGACUUCCAAGUGCUCGGCGACGGUGACGUCACAGAACUUGCGCCAACAUAACACCACUCCGAAGGCUCAGGACUUGCGACUCUGCAGCCCUUCACUAGACGGCUCAUCGCCUAGUUCAACUGUCGGCACAACCGGCAACAGCGUCAUUCAUUCACCUCCGCAUACAAUAAAUCAUUCAGCACAACAACCACCAUUCAAUCCUAUAUUCGGAAUGCCUCCUGUUUUCGAUCCACCACCACAAAUGAACGAUCACAGAUACAUAUUCCAACCUAGGUUAGGUUUUAUGCCACGACCCAGUUUGAUUCCAGAACGACCUCCUUUAAUGCCGCCUCUAAACUUUCCUCAACAUCUCGGCCAACCUCCUCCUGUCACAGUAUUGGUUCCGUACCCAGUAAUAUUACCAAUACCACUCCCGAUACCGGUUCCAAUACCAAUAACUUCCUUUAUACAAGCACAUUUGAGCAAAGUGAAAAAGGAAACUACAACCGAAGACACAGAAGGUCCUCUUGACUUCACAAUAAACAGUGAUAAAAAGAAAGCCGCUAAUACAACAGAGGCAGAAAAUAUAGAAAUCCAAGCAGCUAUACAACAAACAUUACAACCGAUCGUUGAAGAAAACGAGACCACAGACAACAAAAACGACAAUAAUGAAUGUAAAAAUCCAGAACAAACUUUGCCUAAGUUUAAAAUAACAAGGCUAGGUAAUAAAAUGGCGAAAAUUGUGUCUAAAACAAGAGAACCGUCAGAAUCUACGAGACCUUUGCGGAAACGAAGAAGACUCGUUGAAGUUACCACCGAAGAAGAACCGAUCAUUCCUAAAACUAGGAAAACUGUUGAAGUUUAAACAUAAAUAUAUGUCAUAGAUUUUGAAACUUUUUAAAAUACAUAUCACAAUUUAAUACGAUAAAUAAAUUAUACGAACUGAGUUCAGUUUACUUACAAACAGCUAGUCUUAGAUUUAAGAUGUGAUUUAAUAAUACUUUAAGU